GGUCUCACUUCCUGAUAAGAAAGAAGAUAACACAGAACGUAAACAUUCAACAGUUCAAGUUGUUUAAUAUUUGCAUUUAAGAAAACCAAUUUUCGAUGAAAGUAAAGAAAUCAAGACAUGCAAAAUCGAGGGACAAUUAAAGAAUUACAUCGUGAAUAGUAGAUAACAUUCAAUUUAUUUCGCGCACCUGUUGAACAGCUGACGUGAAUCAUAUGUUACCUGUAAAAGUUCAAAUGUAGAUGUGUUUACAAACAAUAAUUCCCAGGUUCAGUUUGGUUGUCCCUAGAUUUUUGAAGUAAAUUGUUAUGAAAAAGUGAGAAACAAAGAACUAUCAAAUAUGACGUGGGAACCAACACAUGUACAAUUAACAGUUUUGAGAGCCAGAAACCUCUUAACAAAGAGCAAAGGUGGAUCAAAACUAACAGAUGUGUUUGUAGCAGUACAGCUUGGUAAGGAGAAGUUCCAAACAUCUACCAUUAAAAAUGCUCUGAACCCAGAAUGGUUUGAGCAGUGUGAUCUGCAACUACCAACAAUGAACAUGGAAGUACAACUACAUGUGAUGCAUCGUGGGAUGCUAUCAGAUGAUUUCAUUGGAUAUUGUUCCGUACCAUUGUGGCAUUAUAAAGUGUAUGAAAGACCUUCUAGUCAAUGGAUACAACUGCAGGGUAAACCAAAUAAAACUCCUGACAACAAAUAUAGAGGAGAAAUAGAGGUCAGAGUGGCAUUUUCAGUCAAAAGUAAACAGGAGGAAGCUGCCUCAAACCUCAAUAAGAAAAAGUCUUCUUCAAUAAAAGGACUUGCUUCUGCUAUGGGACAAAAGGUUGGAGAUAAAUUUAAGUUUGUUAGAAGUAAGUCACUGAGAGACCCCCAUUUCUCCACCCCACCUGCUAAAGACCCAUCAGCUUUCCAAACAACUAGUGCUAUUCAGAAUGAACGAUUAAGAGCUUGUAGUAUGUCAUUACGUAGAUCUGGGGAAAUGGACAAAGGUCCAGACAACAUUAGGAUAUAUAACCAGCCUGGAAACAGACAGUCACUGCCAGCUUCAUACCUUGGCACACAAACAUUGCCACAUCCAAAGGGUAAACGAUAUGGUCAGGGUCGAAGAUCAAUGGAUGACCUUGAUUCUGCUGUGUCAUCACAGCCAGGUUACUUAGAAUCUAUUUUUAGAAAAGAAAGUGAAGUUUUUAAAACAAUGAAUACAGGCGGUCAUCUGUCAGAUUCUUCUGAAUCAAUUGAGGAACCGAAAAGUAAUAAAGUCAAAUCUGCAAAAGAAUACACAGCACCUAUUCAAGAGUCAUGUGACUCAGAAUCAGAAGGAAGCAUUGAUAUUAAUUUCCCAGCGGUAAAACGAAAAUCUGAUUCAGUUGGAGAAUGCAAACUUCCUUCAGAUCCUAAAUUAGAACAAUUAGAAGAACAACAAUCUUCAUCUAGUCACUUAAAUAAUCUGUCACCUGAAUCUGGUAUUGCCACUAUCAAUUCUAGUCACACAAGUAUCAGUAACGACAACGAAUUUAAGGAGACAUCAUUUCCAGAGACGAGUGGAGAUCCAGUUUACCAUAAUGAAGUGCCAAGUAGCGAAAAGUUAUCUCACACAGACAUAAAUGGUGAGGACAGAAAGGAAUCGGUCAGUCGUUCGAAGAAGAAAAUCGCUCCAGAAGAAAACUUUUCCUUUGGUCUGUCACCUGAUAAACUAGAACCAACAACCAAUGGUAAUGUACGACGGAGAAGUAAGAAAGAAAGAUCAAGAGGCAUGGGUAACAGAAGGUAUACAGUACAGGGUUUGGAUUAUCCACGACGUCAGAACUCACUGGAAGACACAUUAGAUUCACUGAGGCCACAGUUCAUGAGAGAAGCCAGAGAGGUGUCGUCAAUACCUAAUGAUCUUAUAGCUGUAUAUAGACAUAUGACUAAAGAUGAGUUGAUUAGAAUAGUAAUACAACACAAAGCCCAGUUAAUUAGGAAGGACCAGUAUGUUAAAGACUUGGAGGGUUAUAUAGAUAGUUUGUUAGUCAGGGUAAUGGAGGCUACACCCAGGAUACUGCAAAAUGGAACCAGAUUUAAAUAAGUUGAGAGCCUCUUCUAAGAUGUAACCUGGCAAAAACAUUUUUCAUGGAUUUUUAUCAUUAGAUUUAUACAGAACCCAUGUGUAUAUGUCAACACAUUAGAUUUAUACAGAACCCAUGUGUAUGUGUUAACACAUUAGAUUUAUACAGAACCCAUGUGUAUAUGUCAAUAAUUUAAAAUCUAUAGUUGUAUUGUUUUAUAAUACAAGUAACAGAGGGCAUUGGUGCACAGCUGUAUUUAGACAAGUUUUUCUAUUCAAUUCAUUGAUCACAAGUUUGUUGUCCAAUAGAAUAAAUAUGUAAUAGGUUUACAGAUUUGCUAGGGCCUAAAAAUUCCUUAGACCUUUAAGUUAUCUGCUUGUUCAAUAGUUACCUAUUAUAUAGACCAUUGUAUUAGCAGUUUUAAUAAUAUUCUUACACUCACAUCUAAUUUUUGUUGUAAGAUGGUAAAGAGUUUGGCCUGACUUAUCGUAUGGAUGGUAAUAACUAUCAUUGUUUAUUGUUCAAUGUAAAAAUUGUAAUCAGUUAACCAAGUGUCAUGAAUGAGGAUAUAUUCUGUCUCAGCUGAGUUUGAUUUGGUGCAACUUUCAGCAAAAACCAUGCAUUCGUUAGUAAACUUUCUAGCCUGUGCUCCAUUUUUUAUAUGGAAUGUCUGGGAGUGAAAAUAAACAAUGAUUUAAUUUUGAAGACUACCAAAUUGUAGUUAAUUUAAUGGUAUAUUACAAAAAAAUACAAUGAUUGGAAAAGAUCACUGAGUUCGCAUACAAGCUACAAUUCUCAUAUUUUGUAAGUAUUUUACACAAAAAAAAAAACACUACAAUGUGAAUAGAAAGGAAACUAAAUGAUAUAAUUUUGUGAUAUAGAUGUGAGAAUAUAGCUCUUCAAAAAUGCUCCUAAAAUUCAGAAAAAAAGUAUGGUCACUGUUCUAUUCAUCUUGCUACAAAACGAAUAUAAAAAUUUAGAUAAUUGUCUAUCAUAAUCUAAUGAUAAAUAAUACAGGUUAUCUGCCUAAUUUAAAAAAAAUUUUUUUUUAAUCAUUCAAAAAACUUUUGUAUUUAUAUCAAAGUUGUUACCAUCAAAUAAAAUCAAAUUGAAAAGCCCAUAACUAAAUUGAACUUGAAAAAUUUGCUGAUUUCAGUAAAAAUGUGGAUCAAUCAUUUAUGAUUAUUUGCAGAAUACUCCCAUUAUACCUUUAUUUUAUUAAGUGAAACAAUGUAAAGAUUCAAAACAAAAACACAUGCAUGCUGUAAACUCAAAAAAAUGGAUUACCUUCAGUAUUGGCGUGUUAGUUAGAAAACCCUACUAUUCAGUUAGUUAAUCUAUGAUGAUUAACAUUGAUUUUUUAAGAGAUUUAUUGUACUAAUACAAAAGUAAAUAGAUGAAAGUCAUGAAAGUAACCAUGGCCAAAUCAUGAUAAUUGCAAAUGUGCCACAAUGAAAACUUUAUUUUAUGAAAUAAAGUAGAUGUACUUAACUAUUAAUAUUUACAUUUAUAACGAUUGUAUGAUGAUACAUGUUUAUAGGUUGUCCUGCUUCCUAUGAUCAGACCAGUUUAAGAAGAUCUGGUUGUAUUCAGGUCAAUGACAUUUGGUCUGUCAUGGCAUUAGCAUAAUGUGAGACAUUUUUCUGUGUCCACAUUUUAUUACAUGAUAUUACAUGAAAUAGAUCUGUGAUUUUAUUUGUUAUUAUUCAGUUGUCUGUUAAACAUUAUUUAUGCAAAUCAAAAUGUGUAUAUUUGGACUGUUAAUUAUUUUUAUUGGUGAAACACUCAAUUGAAACAAAACCUUUCAUUCAAAAACCCUUCAUCAAAUGUUUUAUUCUUUAAAAUAAUUUGAACUAUUUAAGGAUAAAAAUGAACAAAAUUUGUGAUAGAAGUUUUAAAAAUUGCUCUGCAGAUUCACAUUUUAUAGUUUUCUGCACACUUUUGAUGUGUUAUUAACUCAUCUUUUUGAUAACAGACCUAUUUAUUAUUUCAGUAAGAAAAGAAAUAAUGUGAUAUAUUACAUUGUUAUAUUACUCCAGAUUUCCAGUUUAUUACUUUUUGUGAAAUUUAUAGCUGAAGCCAUUUAACAAUAAAUUACUUUUUGUAAGAAUAUGUUUGUUACAAAUUGAAGAACAAUUUUUUUUUGUUUUUUUGUUCAGUUUCCAAAAGUCAUUAGACCCAAUAUAAUUACUGAUGUUUUUUUCAAUAAACUUAGAUGUGUUCGUUCAUGAUUGUGAGAUUUUCAUUUAAGUGCUGUAUUAUUUUCAGUAUCUUUAGGUUUGACAUAUAUUUUAUAUUUCUGUGAAGAUUUACCAAUCUAUUUUAUAUUUCUUUCUUUUAAAUAGUGAAGAAUUAAAGGUAAAGUUCUGUUACCCACUACAAUAUAGGAAGUAGCAUAAUCAAGUAUUUUUGGAUUGGAUUUUCAUUUAUGAAGAAUUUAUUUAGUUUGACUGAAACAGGGAGAAUAUCUAUAUGAAUGAAAAAAUGAUCAUUACCUUUUGUUUACUCUUACUCAAAACUGUAACUGUAAAUUGUAUGAUUAAUUUCAUAUAUAAUACAUACCUUUUGCAGAUAAAAAUUAAACCACUAUCUAACACAAAUUUACUUAUCUGAGAAUAUUCUGUUAUAUUUCACCUAUUUAAGGUUCAAAAUGUUCUAUUAUCUAUUUAAAGAUCUGAUUUGUCAAUAUUUUGAAACCAAUAUUGGUUACCAUUAAACCAUUGUGAGAUCUGAUUGGUCAAUAUUUUGAAACCAAUAUUGGUUACCAUUAAACCAUUGUGAGAUCUGAUUGGUCAAUAUUUUGAAACCAAUAUCUGUAACCAAUAAAGCGUUGUGAGAUCUGAUUGGUCAAUAUUUUGAAACCAAUAUCUGUUACCAAUAAAGUGUUGUGAGAUCUGAUUGGUCAAUAUUUUGAAACAAAUAUUGGUAACCAUUAAAGCGUUGUGAGAUCUUAUUGGUCAAUAUUUUGAAACCAAUAUCUGUAACCAAUAAAGCGUUGUGAGAUCUUAUUGGUCAAUAUUUUGAAACCAAUAUCUGUAACCAAUAAAGCCUAGUGAGAUCUGAUUGGUCAAUAUUUUGAAACCUAUAUCUGUAACCAUUAAAACGUUGUGAGAUCUGAUUGGUCAAUAUUUUGAAACCAAUAUUGGUAACCAUUAAAGCCUAGUGAGAUCUUAUUGGUCAAUAUUUUGAAAUCAAUAUCUGUACUCAAUAAAGCGUUGUGAGAUCUGAUUGGUCAAUAUUUUGAAACCAAUAUCUGUAACCAUUAAAGCGUUGUGAGAUCUGAUUGGUCAAUAUUUAGAAACCAAUAUCUGUAACCAUUAAAGCGUUGUGAGAUCUGAUUGGUCAAUAUUUUGAAACCAAUAUCAGUAACUUAUUAAGCAUUGUACUUACCCUAAAUAAAGUUUAACAAUCAUGAAGUACUACAAUUAAUUUGAAAUCUAGUAUUAUACAAUGGUUGAUAUUUUUUUGUCUUUGUUACAAGAUGUGUUGUGAUUGAACAUUCCUAUAAAUCAAUUGGUUGUGUUAUUUUUUAUAUGUUCAUUUCAAAAAAUGUUGUGAGUGAAAGUCAUAUUUUUUCAUAUAAAUUUACAGAUUGUUCAUAAUUUUGUAUCAUUUUGAUCAUUAAAACUUUGUUAUUUAACAUACAAGUAAUAACCAAUCCUUAGAGUAGGUACCAGUUUGUCAUUUAAUUUUGUUUUAUUUGCUUUCCAUAGUGAAUAUAUAAAAUUUUAAUAAUUCUUAUCAUGCAAAUAAAUUUUAUUUUAGUUAAACUUUAUCAAAAAAAAAAUUGUAUUACUUAGAUAUAUAUAUAUCUAUCCAUCUUGUCUCCCAUGCUUCUGGAAAUAAACAUGAUAUGGAAAACAAAAUUAUACACUGUGAACCCACUUCCCCCUUUCUACCCUGGUCAAAAACUUACAAUAGAAUAAAAAAAACGGUUAUCAGUGGAAUUUCUUAUUUGGAAAUUGUAGUUAUUUUGUUUAAUCAUAAACCAUUGAAUGGUACUUUCACAAUUGCUAAAUAUCUUCACAUGAUUCCAAACAUCUGUCAUCCAUUAGUAAUGUUAUCUAGUCGGAUCAUUAACAAAAGACUCCUCUAUCAUCAUUUUUAUUGAUAUUUUUAUAUUUAUACAGUAUAUUUGGCUUGUAUUUAUAAAGGAUUAUUGUAUAUUUUCAGCAGAUCAAAUUUGUUUAUUUUAAAAAUGAAUUUGUUACCAUGUGUAUUUUGCUUGCAAAAAAUACAGACCAAGUGUUCUAGUGUAUUCAGGAAUACAGAAAAUAUUUGAAUAUAUGUGGAAUUGAUUUUUUUUUAGGUUAGUACGGUUUUUUGAUAUAGUACCGGGUUAUUAACGUUUUUCUUUUUGCUAUUUUUAAUGUUUUAUUGGUUUCAUUUAUUUUUAUUUCUUUUCAUGUUUUUCAGUUUAAUUGAUUAUAUUUCUAUAAUUUUACAUAAGGUGGUAAUUAUAAAUAGUUAUUUCAUAUAUAUGCAUUGCAUUUAGCCACAUAAGAAAAAUAUACUAUUCGAAAAAUUGAUCAUUCCAUAUUUAAUCCUACAUUUUUAUGUUAAUUAGAAUGAAAUCUUGCCAGUGUUAAGAUGCAGAAGCACUUUUCCCCCCGAAUAUUUAACAUACAAAAUAACAUAUUGCCUGCAUAAACAAUUUAAUCAUUUUAGAAUUAUAGUUUUCUUUACAAAUACAAGUCAGCUGGUUAGUUCAUUAUUAAAUAAAAGAUAACUGGUAUCUGUAUAGAUAUAAUGUAGCUAGUUUAUAUGAUUUUGACAACUCUGUGUCGACUAAGUGGUGAUCAUUAAAGAGGAGUUGCAGUAUCCUAUACUUAUACUUAUGAGAUAUAGAAAGCCAUCAAAAUGUGCCAUAGAGAUAAGUAAACUACAAUUGCCCUUAGGGUACACUGACUGUGUGUGUGUAGCGAGAAAUUAAAGAUUAAAUUGACUAAAAACUUUACAUAAUUUUGUUUUUUUGCCAUGGAGUUGUCUGGUUUUAUUCAAUUUAUGAUUUUUAUUGCCCACUUAGUAUUUGUGUUAGGGUAGAUUCAGUUGUUAAAUUUUUUGCUUCUAUAAAACCUACUUCUAAGUGAACUUUUAGAGAAUAAAGUUGAUUUAUUUUCAAAUAUAUAUUAUACAUUUUUUACCAUUAUUAAAUAGAGUUUAUCAAUUAAAUUGUCACAAACCAGUAAAGUUACAAAUUUAUUAAGAAUACUCAUGAAAUUUCAUAUGUUUUCAUAUUUUUGUAUACUUUUUUAAUGGUUCAUGAUAAUUUAAGCAUUGUUUAUGAUGCACCAGAUCAUAACAAAUAAAUGUCAUAUGUAUUAAUAUGUACACAAAGUCAUUUAUAUUUGGAAAAUUAUACAAGAUAUCUAGAAAAUGCUUCUCUUAGUAUAAAGAGUUUUGCAUAAAUAAAAUAGUACAUGUUAAGUAUUGUUUUGUUCUUUAUGUAAGGAUUAGCUUGCUCUAUAUUCUACAUAAAUUGAGGAAUAAGAAUUUUUGAAGUCUUUUUGUGAUAAGGAUGAUGUACAGAAAGUGAAGAUUGUUAUUGGCUAAUUUUGUUAUUAGUUAUAGUUUGUUUUGAGUCAGUCAAUUCCAGAAAAUAUCUGUAUUUAAUACUCAUCCGAUGUAUGUUGAACAGCUCUAUUGAUGCUUGUAACAAUGUUGAUCAAAGCAAAAAAAAACUCCUAGCAACUAGUUCCAGACAUAUUUUGUUAUACAGAGAUUUACCGACUCUAACUUGCACAUACAUUAACCUGUUGUCCAAAUACAUGCAUCUUUUCUCAAAACCUUAUAUAUUGCAUAAAAGCGGAUUAUAUCUAUUAAAUGGUACAUUAUAUGAUAAAGGAGUAAGUAAUUAUUGUUCUGGUAAAAAACAGCAACGAACAAACAAAUUGGUAGAACAAUUUACAGCUUUUGUCCAAAAUGUCCAUGUCAUGGUUUAUUAUUUAGCAAUUUAGAGAUACAGAUUUCUUUGGUAAAAGUAUGAUUCAACAAAUGAUAUAUAUAUAUAUAGAUGCUUACAUUGGUACCAGUGGAUUAUCGGAUUUAUCCAAUUGAGAUAGUUAAAUAAUCAAAUUUUAAAGUCCUCGCCUAGCUUUAAAAUUGAUAAUUUAUCUAUCGAGAUUAGAUAAAUCCGAUAAUCCAUGAGUUACUAUGUAAGAAUCUGUUUCUUUAAUGAUUAUCAAAUAGAUUUUCGUUUUUGAUAAAGGAAAAUCCCCUUCGAGUGCCUUCCACAUUCCACAAAGUUGUCAAUUUCAUUAACACCUGUUAGCACAAAUUUUAUUCAUCCAGAGAGCUGAUAAAGGUUAUGACCCUUAAACUCAUCCAAUCAUGUUCUGAGAUCAUCGGCAACCACAUGUUGAUAAAUUUAAAAAAAAAUUUAUAUGAUGGGUCUGGAAAGGGUUAAAUUGCCAAAGAAUUAGAGAAAUAUAUAUAUCUAUGAUGAAUUAUUUUAUAUACCCAGUUAAUUGUUCUAUAUAAAGAUAGUUCACAAGAAAGUGGUGAAAGUUUCCUGUCCCUACAUAUAAUGGAGUUUGGAAGAUAGAUAUAUGAUAAUUAAUGGAGGGAAAUACUCUUGAUGGAUUAUUUUGGAAACAUUAGGUCUUUAAGUGUUUGUUAAAAAAAAAACCUUCUUCAAAAGUACUUUGCACAGGAUAAUGCCACUAUGUCAUCUAACUUGUAUUAUUUCUUAAUACUUUAUUUCUGAUGGUUGUGUAUCUUGAUAUUAUAAAGAGAUAGUUGUACAUUUAGUUUGUUUUACCAUAGGUAUUAGAUAAUACAAAUCUUGUUACAUUCCAAGGAAUGUCUUAAAUGAUCUGAAAUAAUUUUUACACUUUCUACUUAAAAAAAACUGUAAAUUUUGGUGCUUAGUUUAUAGAUUUUAGUCAAGAAAUUUGAGUGUUUUCUACUGUUGAAGAGUUUUAAUGGAAUGAUAAAUAAAAUAUGCCACAUUU